UAAAAAGAAACAAGAGAAAUCGAAGAAAAGAAAAACUACUGGACUCGUAAGUGGCUGGCGAGGAGGAGGACUGAAAGUGUUCAUUAUAGACUGGUGUCGUAGCUGCAGUAGGGAAGGCUGCAGGCAAGAUGAUCGUGAGGACCCACACGAUGGAGGGUCAACUUCCUUCAAGGACAAAAAGGUUGGCGGAUUCCAAAUGCUUGUUGACACUUGAAUCAAAGAAGUGUUGUAAGAAUUUCCUGGAGCAAACAUCCAGCCGUUAGCCUGGGUAUAUAUACAACAAGUGCAUGGAGCUGCCAGCACACGACAGCUUCAUACCACGACAGACAUGGGAGGCAUCAAGUGUGUGACAGUGCUGGUAGUGGUGACUUUGGCCGCCGUCACCCUCGCCGCCGAGACCAGGUUCAACUUGGGCUCCCUCAUCGCUGGGCUGAAUGAUGGCGGCUCUGUUAAAGGAGGCUCUGUUAAAGGCGGCUGUCGGUACUGGUGCAGGACACCCAUGGGACAGUCUUACUGCUGUGAGGAGAACUCUGACCCUCAAAUCUCGCUCUCGACCAGAGUUAAGUCUGGCAGAUGUCCACCAGUACGGCAUCAGUGUCCCCCUGUGAGGUCGUUCGCCAUUCGUCCCACCCAGUGUAGUGACGAUUCCAGGUGCCCCGGCCGAGACAAGUGCUGCUACGACACCUGCCUCCAGCACCACACCUGUAAGCCGCACGUCUACUAGUGUUGCCAGAUGUAAGCCGCACGUCUACUAGUAUUACCAGAUAACAUCAAUGUAGUGGUGGUGGUUACGUCAUCAUCAACCUUGUUGACCACACGUGACCAAAACCAUCGUAGCUCUUAUAGUUAAUACGGCCUGGGCUCCACCUUCUGUUGUGCCUCGUUGCUGUUUCAUUGUCACAGGCUCAUUUGGUGUUGUUUAUUCGCAAUAUUACAAGUAAAAAUAAAUCCCACAAAAUCUCUGUAUAAAACUGCUACUGCAAUCGCUUACAACUUUUUUUUUCAGGAUGGAAUAAAAUUUAGCUUUCAUAAAAUUUU